AUGAAAAAAACUAUACGUCAAGUGUUAACUAAUAAUCAUAGUAGAUCAAUUGGUGUUCAAUCUGAUUGUUCUAGUUUACAUGAAUUUAAUAUUAUUUUACAUAAACUUGGCCCAGCUGUGGCACGUACACCAGAUGCUGGUUCAACAAAUUAUUUUGUAAAUCCAUUUAUAAUUGAUCAAUCAUCUAUUACUAAUCAUGAUCACACUGGAGAUUUAGUUGAAUGUUUAUUAGUUGAUUUACUUGAUUUUCUUUUAAUAAAUAAUGAUAAUAAGCCAAAGCAACAACAUAAAAUACCACGAUUAAUUAUUAAUAAUACAAUUAAAAUAAUAUGUAAACAUCAUUUAAUAAAUGAUUUAACUAAAAUAAUUCAUAAUAUUCAAUUAUCAAAUCCAAAAUUAAUUGAUACAAUCAAUGUUAUACUUAAGCCAAUAGAAACAUUAUCAUAUGUUAUUUGUUAUGUAGCAUCAUCAAAUAAAUCAGGUCGUUCUCAAUUAAAUACAAACCAAAUAAAGAUUUCAAAUCAACAAUAA